AUGGCUCCGCGGGUGCCGUGGCAACUAUGCCUAUCUGCUGUAGUCGUGCUCGCGUCGCUCUGCUCGCUAAGUCGUGCUGACGUCACUCUUCCCGAUCCACAGCGACCCGGCCUCUUCUAUUUCUUCAUGUCCGGGCAGAUUGUGGUGGUGGACCCAGUGUCGCAGAAGGUGGUAACGAAGAUCAACCAGACGUCGCAAGGCGCCCCCGCGCCCUUCCCCAACUCCUGCCCCGGCCACCCCAUGCAAGGCACAUGGAACCGGCACACGACGGGCAUCGACCAGCAGACCAUUUUCAUCACCGCCAGCUUCCAGCAGCCCACGCCGCUGCGACUGCCGGGGCUGUCGGACAUGGUGCUCGUCGUCAACACGUCGUCGCAGAGCGUCGCAGCGUCCGUCGCCGUGCCCGACAUCCCCAACGACAUCGUCUUCGUGCCUGAAGUGGUGAGUGCUGACGUGGCGUGGGCCGUGGGAAGCGUGUUUGCCCACGCGGAUGUCAACGGCACCUUCGCCGUCAUUUCCGCGGCGCCGCCGUACACCUUGCAGCGCGCGCGCUUCUCCUCCGAGUUCGCCGAGGCGGGUUACGGCCGCCUCCUCGCCGACUCGGCGCUGAACGGCAAGGCGUUCCAGACGGCGUCGCAGAUGCCGGGCGUGUUCUCGCUGAACCUGUUCACGCAGUCGUCCGACGUGCCGUUCCUCGACUUCACCCAGGCCAUGCUGCAGUCCCAGCCCUGGCUGCCGCCCGACACGCCCAUCUACUGCCCCGGUGAGUUGCCAGCCAUGCGCGCAGCUCGUUCGCACGCUGCCGCGUUCGCACUUUACCGUUCGCACCCAUCUGUGGGCCUCUCGUGCGCCAAGGCGGGCAGCCCGCCCGACCCUAACGCGCCCGAACCGGGCAUCGUCGAGAUCGCCGGCGACGACAGCGUGCCCGUGGGGUACCUCAACUUCAAGGCGGACAGGCUGUACCUGACCCCGGAUGAGACCUUCCUGCUGGCCGUGGACAGCGGCGCGGGCGUGAUCCGAAUGGUGCAGAUGCUGCCGGGCGUGGGCAGCGACCAGGUGUUCUCGCUGCAGUGGCCUGACGUCACUCUGCCGCCCAACUCCAUACCCGACAAGAUCCUCUUCUAUCCCAAGGGCAUGUUCUACGUGGCGCUGGUGUCGCUGGUGCUCAAGGACAGCACGGCAGUGAUCGAUUUCAACAAGCUGCUCGCGUGUGGCGCGCAGUGCCCUCAAGACAACAUCGCCGCCGCCCUCACCUUCAUCAACACCGGCUACCAUGUGGCGCCACGUGCCAACAUGGAUCUGAGCAUAUCGUCGCGCAGCAUGGCUGUGGGGCAUCAGUUCGUGUGUGUGGCGGCCAAUCACGACAAGGCGGUGCACUGUAGCAACCUCGUUAACCCGGCAAACAACAAGAUCUACACCAACAUGUUUGACGUGCAAGAUAUAGUGUUUGUGGAGGGCAAGUAUCCGGGCGACCAGUCGUUCAUCCGCCCCAUCGACACCACAUUCGACUGCUCCUCCGCACCCACCACGCUAGACAAGCCACCUCCGCCCCCCUCGCCCUUGGACCUCGCCGUUGCCGCGCAUUUGAGAGGCUCCUAA